UCGGCUGGCAGUGAUUUCUCUUCACACUCACUGACUGAGCACAAACCACCACUUUAAUAUAGCUUCCAGGCGAGAUGGACAUGAACAAUGUGAGGCGCGUCUCCUCUGCGGGAUACCGGUUACCGGAGCGAGCCAGGCCGAAAACCACCGAGCCUCCCGCGGACCGGGACCGGGGCCGCCUCGGGACAGGAGCCGCGGGACCCGGGUGGAGGAACCCAGAGAGGAGAGACCCCGUGAAGCAGGACCAGGUGUGGAAGGAGCUGGUGUGGGGGGAGAGGAGAGGAGUGCGGGAAUGGGAGAAGAACUGGAAUUUCCUCAGGGACUAUGAUCAGAUGGGGCGGCUGAAGCCAGAGGAGCCCUUACCCAGCAACGUGACCCUCUUCUCUGACCGCGUCCCCAACACCACCAACCAGAUGUUUGGCAGCAGGCUGUCCACUCCUCUGGGCAGCAAUCUGGUCCAACUGGACCGGCUGCUGCUCUGGUCUGAAAGCAACCACCGCCGCAAGCUGGAGCCAGAGCUGCUGCCCUGCUAGAGCUCUGAAGACCAGACUCCUGUCAUCAGGACCUGUGCCCAUCAGAGCCAGACCGCACUGUCCUGAUGCAGGGCUAAGAUGGGUUGGCAUGGUGUAGCACAAACCUUAGUAAGAGACAGACUUUGAAAUAUCAGGUGGAAGCUAGGACUAGCGAGAUGAUUUUGCUGUCCUACAUCUGCUAAUUGAACAGUUAUAUCAUCCAAUGAUCCACAGAAGUAUAUUCAUUUAUUCAUCGGUUUAGCAAAAUGUUCCAUAAGACCGGGAUAGAAGUUUAUGUUGAAGGCCUUUGCUCAGCGGUGAGGUGAAAAGGGAUAUUUGAUUCAUGUCAUUGGAGCUUCAAAUGUUGUCCAUAUUGAAUUUGAAAA